CGUUUCUAUUUUCCAGAUCUAAUCUCUACAGAUACAUAGCCGCUGUCCUCCCCGAGGGUGCAAAGAAUGGUAUAUAAGUCAUGUCGAUUCAGCCAUAUGCCUUAACUGAACAUUGUACCCCCAACUUUCUGAUACUUUCAUUCUCAAACUCGUUUCUGCGCAAUGGCCUUUGUCAAAAAGCUCAACUUUGAAUGCAACGACCUCGGCUUAAACGUCGACCUUCUUCUCACUUUCGACGAUCAGCCUAUCGGUGAUCUGUACAAGAAGUAUUACCCAUCGGCUUUUGCGGUCAGGAAAUUUGGGGCCGACGGCUUCUACCGCUCCCCAGUUGUAUAUCGAUCACAACUUGCGUUCACCAAGGUCAUUGUUGACGAUGUCAUCCAAAGCGCUUCGACCGAGAUCCCCAUUAAUGUUGGGCAAUCUACCGUCUUAACCCUGGCAGAAGAUGUAUACCAUUUCUCCGAUCCCAAAACCGACGCUUCCGUGCCGAAGAACAAUAUUCAAUGUACAAACAACGCUCCAUUCAACGAGGAUAUAGGUGUUGGCUUCAUUGUGAGGGAAGGAGAAGCAGCCAAGACGACUCUGGUUUGGCGCGGCGUAGAGCACGGGCAGAAGUUGAACGCACAGUUCACUCCAAUCCUACGCGGGUAUAUUGGCACGCAGUACAAGGAGAAUAGCUUGAUCAAGGGCCAGAUCGAGACCAAAUAUUGCGUCUUCAAACAAGAUCUCGCUAAACUCGAAGACAACUCUACGUGGGUCAUCAAGUAUGAUUCCCUCACUGGAGUCAUCAGCAUCGAUAGGAAGUGAGAUCCAAGAUCUAUCAUUGAUCUCUUUGUGUACUUGUGACUCGGAAUCUAUAUUCAAAUGUUGGCUGCUAUCAUGUACUUGCUUGAAUACGUUUGUGCUGA